AUCUCAGCUGUUUUACGUCGAACAGCAGUCAGUCGGGCAGUGAUUGCAGAGCAGCAGCAGUCAGUGAGCCAAAUGAAAUCGUUUCGUUCGCAAGCAAAGUGAUAUUCUGUCUGCCGCCGUGGCUGUGAGUCAUCUCAUCGAAGCAAGCUGAGCGGUGAGAAAGUGAGCAUAAUAGUGCGAGACACGAAGUUUGAGGCCAUCGAUGCGGUUCACGCUCAAGGCAGCACAGCUGUGAAUAUCACCUGAACUGCCUAGCUUACCUGAGGCGUUGUGUAUAAGGGAUGAUUAUAAGCGACUAAAUAGAAUGGAAGAUAUUAAGGAACUUUUGAACGAAAUCUUUGAAAACUCGAUCGCUUCUUCGAGACAACCCGAAUUGCAUGAUAAUACCGCGAGAUUUGAGGCGCCAUGUCCCAAAAAGGUUCGGGUUCGUCACAAGAGGCCGAUGUCCCGCGCCUGGCAUAUGAUGAGCAGAUCUUGCAAGUUGAACAAACUGAUCCCCAAUAUGCACUUCGCCAAUGACGACGAAGAGGAGUUCAACGAAGAAAUCGGCAACACUCGGAAGCCUACGAUCCCUUCCAUCCGGCAGCGAAACUCACAGAUCCAUGCCUUCGAGAAUAUGGAUCACAUUGAGGAGGAGGGCAAGCUGAACGAAUUCCGUUCAGCGCUGAAAUCUGGCAGCAAGAAGGGUGUGACGUUUGGGGAUGGUGUCAGGAAAAGGGGAGCACUUACACGUUCUCCGGAUUUGAGCAGUAGCAAUAGCGAGGACUUUGAACGGUUCGGCGAGUCAUUUAUGGUGGUAGAGUUCCACGAAAACACACCUACGGAGGCAAUCCAAUGGAUCAUCGAUAAGAUUCGGGGGAGAAAGGUCGACGGCGGUGCAGAACUGAUGGUGCGAAAAGAACCGCUUACCAAAGAAACUCAAUCUCUAAUUAUACAUGUCUCAGCAACACAGAUGAAGUUUCUGGAGAUUGCAGAUGAUAUGGGAUUCAUGAAACGCACUAAGACUGGGAUCAUUAGAAAUUUCAACGUUGCUUGUUUAGACGAUUUUUUCUAUGAUGAAAAUAUGACCCUGGAAGAUAUCCUCACUCCGGCGGAUCGUCAAAGUAUUGUAAAACAUGCUCUGGAAAAUAUUCGUGCCUCGGAAAAUGAGCAUCAAAUCCCGGGUACAAAAACUCAACUCUACCAUGGACAGUCGGUCAUCCAAGCUGCCCAGAGAUAUGAACUCAUCACAAGUUUCUACUCGCUGCACCAGAAACCAAAGCUACGUAGACUACGGCACGUUUGGAUCAAGCCAACCAAGCGACAACCGAUCGAUGAAAUUCGGGACUACUUUGGGGAAAGUGUUGGAAUGUACUUCAGCUUCUUAGGGUUCUAUACAUACGCCUUGAUCGUGCCAACGGUGUUGGGAUUGUUGCAGAUGCUCCUCUCGGAGGAAACGGAAACAGUUCCAUUCUUCUGUGCAUUCUACGUUGUAUGGAUAAAGAUCUUUCUGGAGUUAUGGAAGCGCAAGAGUUCGGCCCACGCGUACCGCUGGGGAACAAUCACGAUGACUAAUUUGGAUGAACCCCGAGUCGGUUACUAUGGGAAGCUGGGUAGGGAUCCGAUAACGGGAAAGGUCACUCCGCAGUACCCCAAGUGGAAGACUUAUGUUCAGAUGUAUUGCGUCACAGCACCGAUAAUUCUUUUCUGCACCUCGAUCGCUGGGUUUGUUACAAUUUUUCAGUUCUACGUGGAGAGCUAUCUGGCGGAGCACUUUGGAAUCGAUUCCUACAUCAUGUAUGUGCCAUCGAUCGUGAAUGCGAUUUACAUUGCCAUUUCUACGAUUGCGUACGACCGUUUGGCCACCUAUCUAACGGAUAGGGAAAAUCAUCGAACUCAGAGCCAGUACGAACGGCAUCGCGUUAAUAAGUUGAUUGUGCUGGAAUUCGUGAACAAUUUCUUGUGUUUGUUCUACAUUGCAUUCAUUCUACAGGAUAUGAAAAUGCUCAAAACUCAACUUAUGAUGCAGUUGAUCGUACUGCAAUUCGUGCAAAACAUUCUGGAAAACCUGCUUCCGUACCUAAAGAAGAAGGUGGCGCUAAUCUCAAACAAACUAUUCGUCAAAUCAAACCACGAAAGAUUACAACAAGCCUACGAAGAGUACGACCAGAUGGGCAUCCAAUCCCUGGAGGAUGAUGAUCAUCGGAUGCUGCGACACAAGAAGGAAAGCGUAAUGGACGAAUACAACACGUAUGAUGACUAUCUGGAGCUGUAUAUUCAGUUCGGUUACGUGGUACUGUUUUCGUCCGUUGCUCCGAUGACGGCAUUCUGGGCCAUACUGAAUAACGUUAUUGAGAUCCGGCUGGACGCGUACAAGUUGUGUUCGUUCUUUAAACGGCCAUUCGCCAGAAGAACGAAAAAUAUUGGAGCGUGGCAGCUGGCUUUCGAAACGCUGGCUAUCAUUUCGAUAAUGACCAACUGCGGAAUUCUGUAUCUGUCGCCGCAGAUGAGGGAACUGGCCACCAACAUGAGCGCGGAGGCGUACGCCAUCACCUUCCUAGUCAUCGAACAUGUCCUGCUUGGCUUGACGUGGUUCAUCAACAAGGCUAUACCGGAUACCCCCUUAUGGGUGCGCGUCGCUCUAGCCAAGGCGGACUACGAAUCUCGACAGGCUCUGAAGCGUGAGGACUAGAGACGCACCGCAAACCACACUGAACACACAAAGCGCGUUGCAUCUUCUAAAGAGUGUCAAAGCCAUCACCCUAGUGCCUUCCACAUGUUUGAAUCACCAAGUUUCAACUUCAGUACAGACAAUAAUCGAUUCAUGCAUAGCUCAAACGCAACAAUCAUUAUCCGACUACCAUCGUUACCCGAUUUCUAACGCUAGAAAAGAAGAAUACGUGUGAUGCUAUUAACCAUUAUUGUGAAGACUAACUAUUUAUUUUUAGGAGUUUUGCCUUAUGGUACUUAUCAUCGAUCUACGGUCAAAGUUCGUUCCGUGUUCAAUGUUGUUUCAUGUUACGUGUUCAAGUUUUGAUUUUUUAAUAUAAUUUUUUGAGUAAACUGCUUUGGUGCGAUCAUGUUUCUUCAACAGCGAACACAGCGAUGUGCCUUUGAAUGUGGCAACGACGACUGAUAAAGUGUAAUUUGACGGUAGAUUGGCUUUUAAAAACUAAAAUGAAAUGCAUGAUCAUGGUUUGAUGCCGAUGCUUUUCCUACAGUAGAGUAUUGAUUUUCAAAAUUAUUUCAUCGGUACAGAAUGCGCAACGUUCUCGGAAUCUUUUGUUUCGACGUUUCCGGAGUGUUUUCGAUUCGCACUCAAUGCUGACAUAAUAAAAGCAUAUUGUUGGUGAAAAAUUUGGUAUUUGAUUUAAAAACAAUGAAAUUAUGCGGUUGAGAGCUUUUAUUAGAUAUGCACGGAUUCAGAGUGAAAGAGCAGGUGUGUAAAUAUUGUUAAAAUAAAUUAUGUAACGUUGAUUUUUUA